AUGUCAUGGGUAACGGCUAUUGGGAAUGAAAAUUUAAUCUAUCUAUCUAUCUAUCUAUCUAUCUAUCUAUCUAUCUAUCUAUCUAUCUAUGUCCACCUAAUUCUUUUUUCUUUCUUUCUUUCGAAACUCCCGACUUUCUUUUUUCUUUCUUUCUUUCUUUCUUUUUACAUUUUUCUUUUUUUCUUUCUUUCUACUUUUUCUUUCAUUCUUUCUUUCUUUCUUUCUUUCUUUCUUUCUUUCUUUCUUUCUUUCUUUCUACAUUUUCUUUCAUUCUUUCUUUCUUUCUUUCUUUCUUUUUACUUUUUUCUUUCUUUCUUUUUACAUUUUUCUUUCUUUCUUUCUACUUUUUCUUUCAUUCUUUCUUUCUUAAUUUCUUUCUUUUUACUUUUUUCUUCCUUUCUUUCUUUCUUUUUACAUUUUUCUUUCUUUCUUUCUUUCUUUCUUUCUUUCUUUCUUUCUUUCUUUCUUUCUUUCUUUCUUUCUUUCGUUUGGACCUCAUUCUUUUUAAAAAUUUUUUUCCAUCGCCCGAUUUUUUUUUUAUUGCCGAAUUUUUUGAAACCUAAGUUAUUCUUCUUUCUUUCUUUCUUUCUUUCUUUCUUUCUUUCUUUCUUUCUUUCUGUCUUUUUUGACUUCUGA